AUGGUAUCUUGGAAUCCCUUUCGCAUCAUUGGAGACUUGUCUCAUCUUGGCUCAACAUGUGUCUUAAUUUGGGCUAUCCACAAGAACAAGAGUGCCGAGGGCAUCUCACUCCUUACACAGAUACUUUAUGGAGCCGUCUUUGUCUUCCGAUAUCUUGACCUGCUUCUUCCCUCCACAUACAGGACUGGCGGGAGAGGGUCAUGGCACGUCAUUUGGAAUAUCUCCUUCAAGCUCUUCUACCUGCUCUCGUCGGCAUACCUGAUAUUUCUGAUGAUGAAGGUCUACCCGCGCACCAGAGAGCGGGAGCGUGCGUGGAAACUCGGCCUGUGGUCUGUGGCAGGGUCGGCCAUUCUAGCUCCCAUCUCAAUCUGGCUUUUGGAAAACGAGGUCUACGUUCCAUGGAUAAUUGAGUUUUGCUGGGCUUUCUCCAUCAUUCUUGAGUCUGUGUGCGUGUUGCCGCAGCUGCUUCUACUUCGCCAGACCACCGUGCCGACGGUCAUCGACUCAUAUUACCUUCUUGCUCUAGGCUCAUACCGAGCCUUUUACAUUCUCAACUGGAUUAUCCGCCUCUUCAGCAGUGCGCCCUUCAAUGACUGGAUUGCGGUCGUGUUUGGAAUUGUCCAAACUGCCUUUUACGUCGACUUUGCCUGGGUAUACUAUUCACGUCAGCGGGUCAAGCUUCGCAACGGUGGCGUUGUCGACUCCGAAGACUAUGGAAACAGUUGGCUAGUGAAUCGCGUGGUCAAUUUCCGGGCCUCGCGACAAUCUACGGACGAAGAGCAGCACCUUCAAGAUGACGGGGAGGGGUUGAAUGGUGCACCAAACCACAAUCGGUGGGGUGCUCGUGGGAUUUCCAUCGCAGCAGAUGAUACAUUGGAGACCAACGCUCAUAACAAGAGCCAGCGCCAAAACGACAGUUUAGAUGGAUUCUCGGGUGACGAGGAUGAAAGUGAUCACCUCCGGGCCAACACCUCUCGAUGA